AUGACUGGUUACCUCUUGGUAGCUACACUUUAUCGAAUGAUUCCUCCUCCCGCUCUAGUUCCUCAAGUUCCUCCAGUUCCUCCAGUUCUUCUUGUUCGUCCUGUUCCAACAUUUGUUCCAGUACUUCCUGUUCCAAUGCCUCCAACGCUUCUUGCUCCAAUCCCUCUUGCUCCUCCUGCUCCUCUUGCUCCACCUGCUCCUCCUUCUCCUCUCGUUCCUCCUGUUCCUCUUGCUCCUCUCGUUUCAGUAUCUCCUGUUCCAAUGUGGGUCGUUAAGUCUUCGGGUUCCUGUCUUGCUCCCUCUUUCACGCCAACAAGACAUUCUGCAUUUCCAUCACCUAGCGCCCAAUUUAAGGGCUUUGUGGCGCAGGUGAUCUAUUCAACACGGCUCACGAGUGGAGCCGUGAUUAUCUCGCUCAAAUACGUGCAAAGAUACGCACGUAGCUCAUGGACCGUAGACUUCGGAGAGUACGGUCCAGAAUACAAACUUUUUACCGUCGCGGUAAUGCUGGCACACAAAUGGUCGGAAGAUCAUACUUUUAAAAAUAAAACCUGGUCGGAAGUGACUAGUAUUCCCCUAGCUGAAUUAAACAGGUUGGAGAUGGCACUCUUAGAAGGUCUUGAUUAUAAUGUCUCGGUGAAUUCUACCGAAUAUUCAUAUUGGUACGCUUGUUUGCAAGAAUUUACAAAGAUCCAAAGCCAACCUCGUCUCAAGUUAACGGAUACCAGCCCCAAUGGGUUUCCUUCCACUGCUAGCUCAUCGCGAUACGGGAUCGCGCAAUCAUCUUCGUCUCCGGAUCGAAGAAGCCGAAGUUACGCCACGAACUCAGAACCAUCGACCAUGUCUCUACGACAUAUCAUUAACCCAGUCGAUCAAUCCCCAAUAAGUUACUUUGACGAUCCCGCACAAGGCCGUACUUCCUCUCCCGUAUCUUUUCUCCGAAAUGCAGAAUGCUCUGAAGGGGGUGCAAACGCAUCUUCUACUUACGUUCGACAGGAAUACUCGUACCCGUCAAACUUCCUGAACAAAUCAUCAAACGUCCGCUAUCUUUUGACGCCAGAACAGCAUCAGUCCACACCACCAUUAGUCCAUGACUUAGGAAAUGGCGAAGUUAGAAAUUUAAAUAAUUUCAACCGAGUAAACAGCAAUCCACCAACUCCCGUGAACCUUAAUCCAUUUAAUCCAGUUAUCCAACAAUCGUCAUCAUUCCACUCGAUGAUUCAACAAAAUACAUCAUUCAAACCCGCUGUUGGUACCUCUUAUAAUUCCAACAGUUAUUCAUUCAAGGAUAACUAUUAUGGAUCCGUUCAAGCCCAGCAAGGCAUGAACUUCGCAGAUAACAUCGGUGAACUUCUUUCCAGAUUCUUUAAUUAUGUUGGAAAAGCUCAACCUGUUCAACCAAAAUUUAACCCAACAAUAGCACCUCCACCCGGUUUUGGUUACGAAAACUUACCAAUAUAUCAGCAAGUUUUUGGUGAUGGCACUACUAACGAUAAUAACGCUCAUAACGGAAACUCCAAUUGUUUAAAUAGUGGUGGAUACGGAAUGUUUGAUGGGCUCGAUAUGGAUUUGGAUUGGCAAUAA